GUAAACCCUUCUUUUUCAUCUAAAAGGAGACUUUGAAGAAGAAAGAAAACAUUCAAAGCUUUAAAAACGCAGCGUUUUAGGAAAAAAGAGUUUGAGAGUGAUUCUGGCUUUCCCAACAAUGGAAGCUUUCAGUCUCCUUAACUACUGGAAAAGCAGUGGUGGUGCUGUUACUUUCCUUCCUCAAUCCUCCGAUUCUUCUUCUUCUUGCCGUUACUCCGCCGGCGAAUCCACCGGAACCACCACCAUUGUCACCUCCGUUACCGAAAUUGAAGAUGAAGAAGCUGAUGACGACAACGACGAAGGACCCUUCUUCGACCUUGAGUUCGCUCUUCCAGCUGAAGAAGACGAAGAAGAAGAAAACACAGACGCAGGAGUCGGAAGAGAGGGAGAUUCCGAUUGUACGGACGGUGGUUGUGAGUUCAAAUUCACUCUCUCGUCAUGUUCCGGUGGAGAAGAUCGAGUAGAUCCAGAUUUUCUUGAUGAUGUUUUCUUCAAGGAAACGAUUGUUGAAGAGGUGGAACCACCUUCUUCUUCAGAACAGCAGACUUGUUCCGUUAAAGCUCCGGCGGCGCAGUUAUCGGCGUCUAUUUUGAAAUCCGCCACUAAGCUUCGUGUGUUCAUGCUCGGAAUGAAGAAAUCUAAGCUUAUUCAAGCGAAAUCAGAAGCUAAUUUCGGAUCUGAAGACCUCGAGAAGAAUAAUCCUCCUCUUCCGCCGUCGUCACUCUCGCCGGAAUCGCAACAGAAAAGUACGGUGACAGUUAAUUUAAAAGUUGAAGAGGUUCCGAUAAUUUCUCUAUUCACCAGAGAAAACAGCUCGAAGAACUCAUCUUCGUCGUCUUCUUCUUCAUCUUCUUCGUCUUCCUCGUUAAGGAAGCAAAACGGCAACGAUACUGUCGUUUCAGAUGAGAAACGAUUCGUGAUGAUGCAAAAGUACUUAAAGAAGGUAAAGCCACUUUACAUCAGAGUUUCACGUCGUUACGGCGAGAAAUUACGACACUCCGGUCAAUUAACCGCUCCGUCGUCGGCGAGAUCCACGGCGGAGAAAACAGAAUCUCCGACGACGACGAAGACUAUUAAACCGGGAAACAUAAAUAUCAACAUUCCGGCAGGUCUUAAAGUAGUGAGAAAACACCUCGGAAAAAGCAGAUCGUCAUCGUCAACGGCAACUACACCGUCGUCUACGGCGUCGACUGUUACGACUCCGUCUGAGUCAAGAAGACGCGACGACUCGCUUCUUCAACAACAAGAUAGUAUUCAAAGCGCAAUUUUACACUGCAAAAGAUCUUUCAAUUCAUCUAGAGAUAAAGAUCCGUCGGUGUUACCAAGAUCGGUGAGUGAACCUUCCUCUUACGAGAAAUGAGAUAAUAUCGUAAUCUUUUUUCAUUAUUAGCUUUAAGAGAAUCUCAACGGUAUUGAUUUUCUCACAUUAACAACUUAUAAUAAUUAUAGGUUUCUGUAAAUAUUUCUUUUAGCUUAUUUUGGUCAGAAUUGUAGCAGUAAGUGUCGUGAGUUUUAGAUGUUAUGUUUGGUCAUGUAGUUAUGAUGACUGUUGGAACAUAAAAAGGUUAUUAAGAA